GCCUACUUUUGCCAGCAAUUUACUUUUAUUUAACCCACAUUAGUGUUUGUCAGGAAAACAACGACUAAAUCAGCAAAUCAAAUCAAAUCCUGCUUAACCAUAAAGCACUAUUUCGAAACUGGGAGGAUCUUGUAAAAGUCGUCGUUCAGUGCUUGAGUGCUUCCAGCAACACAUGACCAGCAGCCAGGCCUGAAAUCAACACCGCUGCGUUUGCAAUCAUGAUCCAAACUCGGACUUUUUUACUUUUUACUUUUGUUUUCUUUGUCUUCUGCUUUGUGGUAGUUUUUGGUCAGACGACAAGUCCAGAAACAAACUGCACUAUAAAAAGCAACACAACUUGUGAAGAAUGUCUGAAGAUUGUUUCGUGUUUGUGGUGCAUCUCAAGCCAGAAAUGCAUUGACUAUCCAGUGAAGAGCAUCCUGCCCUCUCACAGUGUUUGUGCGCUCUCAGAAGCACGAUGGGGAGUAUGCUGGAUGAAUUUCCAGACUCUCAUCAUUACCAUCUCUGUGAUCGCGGGGGUGAUCAUCAUCGCCCUAUUUGUCUGCUGCUUCUGCUGCUGUAAAUGUGAAAACAUUGGGUCUAAAAGGAGUGACGAGCGAAUGGAGAGACAAACUCAUCUGAGAAAGUUCCGUCAAGAGGAGAGGAAAGCAGAGAUGAGGCAGAGACAUGAAGAAAUGAGAUUGAAAUACGGUUUGAAAAAGGAUAACCAGUACUCCAGAUUUGAGAACAGCUAAGAAACUAGUGAUGAUGCUCCACUGUUAUCUUUUCUUUUACCUCACACCUAUUUCAGAAAUGAACACGGUUUCCUGCAUAGCCAGCACUCCUUUUUUUUUUUGAAAGACACUGAAUUUAUCAGUUAGCUGCUGACCACACAAACAUACCUUUUCUCUGGCUUGAAAUUGAAUUAACUAACACCUGUAUUUUUCAAUGAAUCUUUAAGCAAACAAUAUGAAGCCUUGUAAAUAUAGUUAAUGGAUGACAUUUGCAAAUCCAAAUAAGCAUCAACCAAAUUAAGCAAGACAUGUUGAUUUUUGAGUCUGCAUUGGACUUUUAGUCGGCAGUACAAUUCAUUUUUAUUUAGUCUUAGCUAAUUUUAGCUGUGUAGCUUUUUACUCUGAUUAAACUAGGACAUAUAGAAAAUGUGCUAUAAUAAAGUGCGCUUUAUAGAUUAAUGUCCCACACAUUUCAAAUUGAUGAAUCGAUUUGUCCCUGCCUUUGCUAGUUUGUUGGCAUUUCAGUGUAAUUUGUCUAUGUGCUGCAUUUUUGAAUGUUUUGAUCACUAACUCAUAAUGUAUUUACCAAAGGGUUGAUUUGUCAGUGCAAUUUGCAAAAGUCCAAUAAACUGUGAGAAAGCUAUCAAUAAAAGUGAAUAUUUUACCGUAAA